UCCAAAUACCGCCAUAGCCAUGAAGAAGUCUUCUCCUCGACUUGAAAGACCUAAAACCUUCAAACAAGACAACAGCAGCUUGAGUUAUUCUCCCAAGCUCUGCCUUUACAUGAUCCCCAUAUGCAUCACCCUCUUACUCCUCCUACAGUUCCAGUCCUUACAACAAUGGCAAAACUUAGUCUUCAGAUACACAGCCUUAGUCUCCCCACAAAACUGCACCAUCACCACCACCCAAGACCACGAAUCCAUAUCCCAAAAGCUUAGAGAUUCCGUCACGUUUCUCCCCUUGAAAGACCUACGUUUCUCGAAGCAGCCCCUCGACGGCCACACAUGGUUCAUGAGUUCCAUGUACGAUACACGCGAGGAAGGCGAGUUCCAGCAUCAACAGUUCCCUUCCAAAUCCUCAAAACACCGGUUACUCUGCCUUAAAGGCCGCGAAACGCACGAUGGUUCCUGGAACUAUUACGCUUUGGCUUGGCCCGAGGCGCUUCCUUCCAAUGCUACCCUAAUGAAAGGCCUCACUUUCGUGGCCUACAACCAUUACAAUUUCGAUAACAUCUGGCACGGUCUCUCCGCCGUUAUGCCUUUCGUCGCUUGGCAUCGGAACAACAAUUGCGAAUCCCCGGCGAGAUGGGUGCUUUACCAUUGGGGCGAGCUGAGAUUCAAGAUGGGGACGUGGUUGAAUACCUUGAUGGAGGCUACGUUCGGCCAGCCUCCUUAUAUCGAAGGGUUUAGAGACAUGGAAGAUGAGGGUCGAUCGGUUUGCUUCGAGAAGGCUGUGGUGAUGAGACACAACGAGGGAGGGAUGUCGAGGGAGAGAAGAAUGAAAGUCUAUGAUCUUGUAAGAUGCAAGGCUAGGGUUUACUGUAAUGUAAGCAUUAAAAGAAGGGUUAACCAUGAAGGACCCGACAUCGGUAUGACCUUGCUGAUGAGGACGGGACCAAGGUCUUUCAGGAACGAGACGGCCGUCAUUCGUAUCUUUGAGAAAGAGUGCAACAAAGUCAAGGGGUGCCGGUUAAUGGUGGCUUACUCCAAUAACCUCACCGUUUGUGAACAGGUGAAGCUAAUGAGUUUAACAGACAUUCUAGUAUCACCACAUGGUGCUCAACUCACCAACAUGUUCUUAAUGGAUCGAAACAGCAGCGUGAUGGAGUUGUACCCCAAGGGAUGGCAAAAAGCUGCGGGCGUAGGCCAAUAUGUGUAUCACUGGAUAGCCAGCUGGUCCGGGAUGCGACACAGAGGCCACUGGAGAGAUCCCAACGGCGAAAAUUGUCCCUACUCGGAUGAUGAUCGUCGAUGUAUGUCAAUCUACAAAAAUGGUCUAAUCGGACACAACGAGACCUAUUUUGCCGAUUGGGCUAGAAAUGUUAUAAACGAUGUCAAAACAAAGAAAUCCAAAGAAGAGGCUUCGAGACACGGACCAGCUCCUAUCACAACUUGUGAUUGCAGUUAA